CAGGGGAGGGGAGUGGGGAGCAGCGAGAGAUCAAAAAUAAACCUCUUAUGUCAAAGCCGGGGGGAGAAAGUAUAAAUACAGCGGGCUCCGCAGCCGGCGCGGAGGCUGCGGGGGAGCCGCCGAGAGCCCGGCGGGGCGGCGAUGGGGCGGCGGGCGCUGCUGGGGGGCCGGGCUCCGCUCCACCUGCUGCUGCUGUGCCACGCGUGGGCGCUCCCGCCUCCUCCCCGGGAGGCGCAGCCGCUGCUGCCCGCCCGCCUGCCCGCACCCCCGGGGCAGCUGGCCCUCCGGCUGGCCGCUUUCGGUCGCGCCGUUGUCCUCCGUCUCCGCCCCGACGCCGCUUUUCUGGCCCCUCGUCUCCGUUUUCAGCGUUUAGGGGGGGGGCGGCGGCCACCGGGACGGAGCCCGCCGCGCCGGGGAUGCUUCUACACGGGAGCCGUCGAGGGGAGCCCCGACGCCCCCGCCGUGCUCAGCCGGUGCGGCGGAGGGGGCUUCCGAGCCGCUUUCCUGCUCGAUGGGGCGGCUUACGAGCUGCAGCCCCUCGGGCAGCCCUCUCCCGGACCGCCCUGGAGGCGCCUGCACCGCCUCCAGCGCCGCGCCGCCCCGCCGGGCUCCCACCCCGCCGCCGCCGCUCCCGGGGCGCCGCCGCUCCGCCGGACCAAGCGCUUCGUCUCCCAGGCGCGGUACGUGGAGACCUUGCUGGUGGCUGAUGCCUCCAUGGUGCGCUUCUACGGGGAGGACGUGGAGAACCACGUCCUGACCCUGAUGUCCAUGGCUGCUCGCAUCUACAAGCACCCCAGCCUGAAGAACUCCAUCAACCUGGUGGUGGUGAAGGUGCUGGUGGUGGACGAGGCGGCGGCGGGGCCGGAGGUGUCCGACAACGGCGGGCUCACCCUGCGCAACUUCUGCAGCUGGCAGCAAAGGUUCAACCCCCCGAGCGACCGACACCCGGAGCACUACGACACUGCCAUUCUGCUGACGAGACAGGACUUCUGCGGACACCAAAGCUGCGACACGCUGGGAGUGGCAGAUAUCGGCACCAUGUGCGACCGCAACAAAAGCUGCUCGGUGAUUGAGGACGAGGGCCUGCAGGCAGCCUACACCCUGGCUCACGAACUGGGCCACGUGCUCAGCAUGCCCCACGAUGACUCCAAGACCUGCGAGCGGCUCUUCGGGCCCCUUGGCAAGCACCAUAUGAUGGCUCCUCUUUUCAUCCACUUGAACAAGACCCAGCCAUGGUCCCCUUGCAGCGCCAUGUACCUCACUGAGUUCCUGGAUGGAGGGCACGGCGACUGCUUGCUCGAUGCCCCAGCCGACCCCCUCUCCCUGCCUGCCGAGCUGCCCGGCCGAGGAGCCCUGUACAGCCUGGACCAGCAAUGCCAGCAGAUCUUCGGCAAGGACUUCCAGCACUGCCCCAACACCACGGAGGAGGACAUCUGCGCCCAGCUCUGGUGCAGGACAGGCAGCGGGGAGCCCCUUUGCCACACCAAGAACGGCAGCUUGCCGUGGGCCGACGGCACCCCCUGCAAAGCCGGCGGGCUGUGCUGGGACGGCCGCUGCAUGCCACAGGAUGCCCUGAAGCCCCAGCCGGCGGUGGACGGCGGCUGGGGCCCGUGGAGCCCCUGGGGCUCCUGCUCCCGGACCUGCGGCGGCGGCGUGCAGUUCUCCUACCGCCACUGCGACAGCCCCAGGCCCCAGCACGGCGGCAGGUACUGCGAGGGCCAGCGUGCCAAGUACCAGUCCUGCCACACCAACGAGUGCCCGCCGGAUGGGAAAAGCUUUCGGGAGCAGCAGUGCGAGAAGUACAACAGCUACAACUUUACGGAUCUGGAAGGGAAUCGCCUGGAGUGGGUUCCCAAGUACGCGGGAGUGUCACCCCGAGACCGAUGCAAGCUCUUUUGCCGAGCCAGGGGAAGGAGCGAAUUUAAAGUCUUUGAGGCCAAAGUGAUUGAUGGGACGCUGUGCGGACCGGAGACCCUCUCCAUCUGCGUCCACGGCCAGUGCAUCAAGGCUGGCUGCGAUCACGUAGUCGGGUCCUCCAAGAAGCUGGACAAGUGUGGGGUGUGCGGCGGCAACGGCUCCACUUGCAGGAAAAUAUCUGGCUCGCUCAACCGAUCCAAAUACGGCUACAACGACAUCGUCACCAUCCCUGCCGGAGCAACCAACAUCGACAUCAAACAGCGCAGCCACCGCGGGGUCCGUCACGAUGGGAACUACCUGGCCCUGAGGACCCUCGAGGGCAAGUAUCUGCUGAAUGGAGACUUUGCCAUCUCGGCCAUGGAGCAGGAUAUCCUCAUUAAGGGGACCAUCCUGAAAUACAGCGGCUCCAUGACGACCCUGGAGAGGCUGCAGAGCUUCCGACAGCUCCCGGAGCCCCUGACCGUCCAGCUGCUGACCAUUGCCAGCGAGGUCUUCCCACCAAAAGUCAAGUACACCUUCUUCAUCCCCAAGGACGUCCCUUUCAGCAAGCAAAAGGGCAAAGAGAAGAAGUCGGCCAACGUCAUCCGCCCGAUGCUGACCUCCCAGUGGGUCCUGGGAGACUGGUCCGAGUGCUCCAAGACGUGCGGCUCCGGCUGGCAGAGGCGGACAGUGGAUUGUCGGGACGUGGAGGGUCAAACCUCCUCUGCCUGUGACAAAGCCCUCAAGCCUGAGGACAUCAAGCCCUGCGGAGAUGUCCCCUGCCCUCUCUGGCGCCUGGGUCCCUGGUCCCCCUGCUCCCAAACUUGCGGCGAGGGCGUGCGGACACGCAACGCCUCUUGCAUCGAUUACACCGGUAAAAUCACCACCCCGGAGAAAUGCAGCUCGCCGGGGCCGCCGCCGGCCACCGCCGCCUGCGUGCUGCGGCAGUGCUGAGCCGCGCCGGGACGGGCUCGGCAGCGAUGCACCACGCCGGCAGCGCCGGGGCAGGACGGCGAGGAUGCUUGCUCGCCAGAAGAAUAACCACUCUCCAGCGGUUCAUCCCCACCCGAUCGACGUCUACCUCAGAGGGGGGAAAUAACGGCGGCAAAACGGGGAGGAAUCACUUCUUUUUCUUUCUUUCUUCCUUUCUUUCUGGCUGGUUGCUCACAGGCAAGUUGUAACUUAAGGGAAAAAAUAAGUGUAUCGGUAGGGUGUUUCCAAAGAGCUGUUGUUAAACGUGGUUGCAGACUCCCUUUGUAAGGUUCGCUGGGGUUUGUCGCUGGAAAAAAAUGCGGAGCCUGGCUUUGCCAUUGCCCGGUCCCAGCUGCAGGUCAAGGAGGUCCAGGGUGGGCAGAUUUGCUGAUAAAAUCGAGAUCCCUUUGCAAAGGGCUUGGAUCGGGUUGCUGUCGCCUCCCUACAGCAAUAUGGGUGUCCUUGAGCACGAGGAGCAUUUUAUCAGCUGUGACUUUAGCUUGGGAGAUAACUCGCUCAUUUGGCUGGGACUGGGAAUGAGCUGAGGGCUGGAUCCUGGCAUAUGUUAGGCAGGAGGACAGGUGAGACGGUCAUAGUGGUUUCUGCUGGAUUUAUGAUCUACGAGGUGAUAAGUGCCUGUCUCCAAACACCCUCAGCAUCCGCAGUUAUUCCUAGAGCCACAACCCCAUGCCUUGAUUUCCCCAGCUAUAAAACCAAGGCUUAAUUAUACCUGAUCUGGCUUGCAGGGCUGCCACGAAGACUAAUUAAUUAGCAAUUCUGCAGUGCUUUCACUGUGAAAUGCCUAUUGUGAUACCCCAUUCCCCUUCUGAAGCAAACCUUUGGGUGUGCCAACCUUUCCUCUCCCAUCCUUGGCUUUCAGUCCCCUGUGUGCUCAUUUUCUCAGCUCUGCUUUAACUUUGGAGAUAAUUUGCUGACCUGGCUUGCAGCAGGGAUGAGCCCAAGAUCUGCAGAUGCUGAGCCUCUCCCCAGCCCGCCACGGUGACCGGUGCUGCUCUUCACCUCUGCUUUCCCAGGAUAUGUGAAGAUGCUCGCAUCUGGCAGCAGGCCCCAGCCUUCCUUGAACAAUUCUUGGUCUAAAGCUGAGUCUGGCAAGGCUGGAGCUCUUACUUUCCCCACGGGGAACAGCCAGACACCUCUCCCCAGCCCGGCCGCUGCCUGGUCCUGGCACAGAUGGCUGCUCAGUCACUCAACUUUCCACCUUUCAAAGCAACUACCGUCCACGUGCUGGCAGCAGCUGGUGCCAGCAGGGAUGGAAUUUGGGAAGGUUUUGCCAUCACUGGACAAGCGAUUUGGUAUCUCCAGGCUCCUCUCUCGAUACCCCUUGCCACUUCCCUGCAGGUUCCGUAACCCUGCCUUGGAUCCCCUUUUGGCAGCAAAAGGUUGAAUUUCCAGUGGGAACAGCCUUUUUCUCGUAGGAAGGGAAGAAGGGCUGGAGGAGGAGGGCUUGAGUUUGCACUGCCUGAGCUUCCCUGUUUGCAAUUGCGUUGCGAAUCCUUUUUCUUGUCUGUUUUGCCUGAGCUAAGCUCUUGUGAGACCCUUUUCUCACUGGCCAGGCAGGUUUGGGAUGGGGCUGGGGAGUGUGCCGCUCCCCCAAAUCCGUGCGAGAAACCCUGCCAUUUAUUAAAAAACCCAAGAUAUUCAGCUUUUAUCUCCCGUAGGUGAUUCCUAUUGAAACCAAGGGGGCUACAACCAAGGACUGAGGGCAAUUAAAAAACAAAAUUUAGGAAAUUAAAAAAAAAAAAUAAAGGGCAGCUGCAGAGUUUGGAUGCAGAGCUGUUUGGGCUGUUGUUCAGACCUACCUUCGGGCAAUGCUCUGUGUCUGCUAAUUAAUCUCCAGGAAUUUAAGCCCUCUCUCGCUCUAAGAAAUAGCUGGAUGCUAAAGUCAUGUAGCUUUGCAGGGUUCUUUUCUUUUUCCCCUUGGAGUCUGCGAGGGCUUUAACUCAAAGGCCAGCGUGUGUUUCCUCGCCAGCGCCGUAACCAGCCUUUAGGAUGGGUCAGAAAUUUCAGCCUGAGACAAUGCCAAGGAAAACGUCUGUAUUUAUCACACAGGAGUCGUUGCAAGCCAGGGGUCUCUUCCAGUAUUUUAUAGUCGCUGCGCGGUUGCUUAGCUGGAGCUUCCUAGAUGCAAAAACUCCCUGCCACGGGCAAAUCAUGCUGCUUUUCCAGCGAGGAGGAGGACGGGAGCGGGGGGACCGUGGGCAGCGAUGCUCGGUUGAGGUGUGAGGUCUGGGUGAUGUUAAGUGGGACUCCUGCCCUAGCCUUCCCAUAGAAACACGUAGCCUUUAUGCUGAUUUAAGUCAAAGAGGUUAUAUAUUAGGAUAUAUAUAUGUAUAUAUAUGUUUCCCUUCAGUGAAGGAUUGUAGCAAUGUACUGAGCCUCUUGUGUUAGGUAUUUAUUAUAAAUUUCUGUUUGGUUUUGUACAGUAGCUGUCUGGAAAGGAGAGGGGAAAAAAAAAAAAGAAAAAUUUUUUUUAAAAAAGAAGACUGUCUGUGUUUUAACAUGCUGCUCCCACAUCCCCACUCCGAAACCUGCAGCGGGGUCGGAGAGGGGACGUCUCUGCUCAUCGUUUAACCACUUCGGUAUAUGGCCGGUGUCUCCCUCCUCCCCGGUGCGCCCAAAUCAGGGUGCGCUUGCCAACCGAGCUGCGUAAGCAUAACGAAUCCAACCAAAAUUAAGCUUUGGACUUUCACUUUAAGGGGGGGAGGAAGAGGAAAUAUUUUGCGGUUUUUAGCCUUUUGUUUGUAUUUGUUUUUAACUUUGAAAACAGUCUGUUUGUGACUCUGCCUUUACCCCUUCAAUAAAGGAUUUCCUGCCUCUUA